AUGGCAAUUAACACCAAUCCCGUUCUCCCCGUUGGGAAUGAUACCAAAUCCGCAAUUACGGCCGACAAAAGCCCCAAUCUCACUCCCGAAGAACAGGAGUGGCUUCUCGGCCACCUCCAGGGCUGUGUUCACCCAGCCAGCCAGUUAAAAGAGCAACGCUUUUCCAUAUCACCGGCCCCUCUCGCCUGGUAUACUCGCCCCGGGGGGGGGUAA